AUGGCCGCACGCACUACUUUCGUCACAGAAUGGCUCCCAAAGCCGGACCUCACAUUUUUAAACUUUCAAGCGGCACGAACCAGGGCGCAGAGGAGGUACCGCCGGACGAGAGAGCCCGAGGACAAGACCAAUUUCAACAGGGUUUCGGCCAAGCUGCGAAGACACGCAAAGGUGCUGGUCUUAACGCUGGCGGCCAACGAAACACCAGAAGCAGCAGCGGAGAUUCUGUGCGCCCUGUACGCCCCGGCAGAGGCGGCGGGAAGACCUGGGGAACCAUACACCGCGUCGGGACCUCUGGAUGCCCAGUUUACAGUCCAAGAACUUCAGAGUGCCCUUCGCAGAUGUCGGAAGAAGAGCGCAGCCGGACCCGACGGAGUCCCGUACCAGGCACUCACGAACCUCACCGAAGAGGCCCAAGAUGCCCUGGUCAAAUGGUUCAACGCUAUAUGCAACUCCGGGGACGUCCCAAACGAGUGGAAAGAAGCAAUGGUGGUGCCUGCUCAAGGCAGGGAAACCGCCAGGAAAGGCGGAGUCAUACCGCCCAGUUUCCCUAACCUCGUGAGAGGAUGGUGCAAGCUCGGAUAUGCUGGGCUGGACAAAAAGAAGGCGUCAGCAAAGACGCUUGUAACUCUGUUUCCAAAGAUUCCCAAGACGGCCACCGUGCUGCUAGAGUUCUUCAUCCGGCGAGAGAGCAAAAUUUCCGUUCUUCGCGACCCCCUGUCCCACUUCUGCCAAGAGGAAGUGGUCCUCCACGCGCAGGAGUGUCUGCUCAAGCUUAACAAGCAAGUGAUCACCUACCAGGACAUACGCGACAUGGUCGAGAACCUCGUCGGCCUUCACAACAUGUGCAUCAAGAAAGACCCAGAUGUGGCCAAGACUCUAGGAACGGCCGUGCGCAAGCUGACCAUCAUUAUCGGGGAGGUGGCCACGUUGCUCGAGAAGCUUUCCGAGGUCCCUGUCACGGACUGGAUGGCCAUCGGCGACGCCAUCAUCCACAAGCUUGAACGGAUGAACCUGCCGGAACAGCCCUCGCUCGGGGAAGUCAUCCCAAAGAUGCGGGACUUUAAGAAUAUAAAAAUGCUCGGCGCAGGAGGCUUCGGGGCUGUGUACUUGGCUAACUUUAAGCCGGCCAAUUUUAUUGCCACUAUCAAACUAGUGGCUAGGGACCGCUUCACCAGCAGCAAGCAAGCCGCCAUGGACAAGGUGGUGGCGUCCGUCAUCAGAAACCCUUUCCUAGUCAAGUAUUACAGCUGCUUUUGUGUCAAGGAGGCGUACGUCACAGUCAUGGAGUAUAUUGCCGGUCUGGACCUCAUGCACGUCGUCAGCGAGGAAGGGUUCUUGGAGACCGAAGCCGUGAAGAUCGUCAUGGCCCAGCUGAUUCUAGCGCUGGAGCAUAUGCACCUCCGCGGGUUUCUUCACAGAGACAUCAAGGUGUCAAACAUGCUGAUUCUCCCCGGUGGACGUGUCAAGGUAAUAGACUUCGACACGACAAAGGUCUGCCAUGGACAUUUUGCCAAGCGACCCCUGCGUGGCUACUUCCACAGGACGCCCUUCGAGUUUCAUGACGGGGAAUCAGCGGGCACUGUCCCUUACAUGGCUCCUGAAAUCCUUAAGAAGAGGCCAUAUGGACGGUCAGCCGACUGGUGGUCCGCCGGCAUCGUGAUGUACAAGCUGCUGACCGGCCGGGUCCCGUUCCGCGGCAAGAACCGGGAGAUGAUUCGGGAGCGCAUCAUCACGGCGCCGCUCAAGUGGCCCCGGGCCGAGGAACACCCGCACUCGGCCACUGUUCCGGCCAAGGACAUGACAUACCGUAUGCUCAGGAAGAACCCCGUCGAGCGCCUAGGCUCCAGCAGCUAUAACGACCUCAAGGCGCACCCCUUCUUCGACCGCUUCAACUGGAAGCUGCUGUACACCCAGACUCAGCUCUGCGACAUCCCCAGCAUCGCGAAGAUCCUCAAGAGCAAGCAGAACGAGAAGGAAGACGACGGCGAAAAAAAGCGCAGCCACCACCAGCAGAUCGACGACAUGACUGACAUAGAGGCCGAAGCCCAGAAGCCCCUUCUCUGCUACGCCUCUGCCAGCUUCAGAAAACUCAUGAGUUCGGUGAAGCAGGGCAAAACCAGAGUGAAUGACGAUUUCAUGGAAUCGAGUGAGUCCAAGUCCUCCGGAAUAAACUACACCACCCCGUCGGCUGCGUCUUCAGCUAGCAAAACUGGGGUAUUGAAUAGUUCUGAGUUUAAGGAAAGCCGAAACCUGGGAGCGGAAAAGAUCGAUCUGAUUCUUUUUCGGAAGAAGAAAUACCUCAAAUUUUGGAGUUACGGAUUUAAUAUGCGAAGAAUUAAGGGGGAAGAAAAUAAGCACCUCAUAUUUGUUGAUUCGGUGGUGGCGGGCAGCCCGGCCGACAAGUCCCAAGUCCUGCCGCUGGACGUCAUCCUGGGCGUGAGCGGGGUGGCCAUCAAGGACGCCAAGGUCGGGCGAGUGAAGAAGCUCAUCGCCAGCACGGGCGACCAGAUGGUGCUCUCAGUAAUGGCUUCCAGCCCGUACCGGGCGCUCACGACCAGGAGGGAUAUGAUGAACCUGAUGCGCAGCGUCCCCAAGGAGGCCGUCGUGGUCAAGAGCGGGGCUCUGUCGUGCUCGGGCAGCAGGCCCUACGGUCUGGGGUUCCUAGAAGCCAGAGUCUGGGACGACAAGGCCAGGCAGUUUGGCAGGGCCUUCGUCCUUUCGCAUUCCAACAUAAAAACAGUGAAUAACAAUCCACUCUUCCCGGGAGACGUUGUGACCCACGUAAACGGCACCGCACUGGAGUCCCUGACCAGGGAGCAAGUGAUCCAGUUGCUGAGCUCGGGGAAGAACGAGGCCACCCUCUCCGUGGUACCACUGUCGCCGCUGCGUGCCAAACGCAUCAUGGUCAGCAAACUCCAAGAGACCACGAUAAGCGACGCCAACAUUCCCAGCAGAUCGACGGCCGCCGAAAUCGCAAUCGACUGA